AGACAGAGAUGGAUGGGCAGCAGGUCGCCAUAAAACACACGCUCUCCUCCCGCAGAGUGAGGUGAGGUGACCGCAGGUGUCGGGAGUGUGGCCGGGCGGAGGCGCUCCGAUGUGUCCUUGAGGAGAAACUGCCGCAGGAGAAAGAGGAGAGGAGCAAAGAAAGGAAUAGAAGAAGUAGAAGAAGAAAUGGUCCAAAAGAGGUGAUGGAGCUUGGGGGAUGCUCUGUGGAUGACUGACCGAGAGUGAAGUUCAAUCAACCACUCCACAGAGAGAGAGCAGGUGUCUGUUGUUGCUGAGGUUUCAAUAUGGAGUCCACUCACCUCCUGAGCAGCUCUAAGAAGAGAGUCAAGAUCCACCCUCACACUGUCACAGCCAAAUACGCCACGCAAGCCCCCUUCUCCCCACAACCUGGAGUGCACACACACUUUCCCCAACCUGGGGACGAAGGCUACGAUGAUGCUCCGUCUUUUGAGGACUUUGGCUCCUUCCUGGAGGAGACGUCAGACAGGAAACAUCUAACGGAGAGCAAGAGGUGGCCUUUGACUCUGUUUGGCUCCAAAGAUAAGGACACACCCAGCAAACCGCAGGCUGCUGCGGCAGGAGGGGAGACGAGUGAUGGGGGAGUAAAAGCAGCAAAGGGGUCUGGGAGAGGAGUCGGGGAACAGCUGGCAAGUUUUGGGGAGGCAUCUGUGUCUGCGUCACGGCUAACGUGGGUUGGCUUGCUUGGUGCGGCGCUGGCUCAUGGAUGCUUGAUAGUUCUGACUCGCCUUGCCACUGAACGCUUCAGCCUAGGCCCCCUGUUCCUGCUCAUGGUUCGCUCCAUCGUGCAGCUCGUCUCCUUGGCUGUACCAUUGCACAGAGGGGAGAACCCUUUCGGACCAGACGGCUAUCGUAUACGUCUGCUCUGUUACGGCAUCGCCUACUCUCUCUCCCUCUGCUGCGCCUACUCAUCCCUAACAUUUGUCUCUCCUGGAGAUGGCACAGCAACCUGGCGCCUGGCAACCACAGGGCUGUCAGCCAUCUUGGCCUUCCUGCUUCUGGAGGAGAGGCUGGGAUUGGCGGAUGGGAUCACCAUAGCUGCCGGACUGUGCGGUUUGGGGCUUGCUUUGCUUCCCACAGCAGAUGAGAGCAACGCGGAUUCACGUGUUAAUCCAGUCACGUUCUGGAGGGGAGCGUUCGGAUGGUCUCUCUCGGCUCUCGCUGGGCUGUGGAUGGCUCUGGCGCUGGUUGGGUAUCGCUCCCUGAAGGAGAGGGUGGGAGUGGGCACAGCUUUGUUCACAGUGAGCUGGACAGGCUGCCUGCUCUCCCCGGCCUCCUUGAUUCUUCUUCAGGAAGGCUGGUCCUGGCCUGUGAGCGCCCCAGCUUGGGGCGUCGUCCUGGGCCUGGUUGCCUGCUCGGUAGCUGCCUUCCUUGGGAUGAUGCACGCCCUCACCCGGCUUCACCCGGCCCUGGUCUCCGCCUCGCAGAGCUUGGAGAUACCAGUCGCCAUGCUGCUCCAUCUGGCCGUGCUGCCGUUGGCUCCAACUGCGCCAGAGGUCGUCGGGAACGUGAUGGUCAUACUGAGCGUGGGCUGGCUGGUGGCAAUGAAGCUGCUUCCUUCUCGUGGGGCAGGACGUCGCCAGAGGGAGGAGUAUGAGGAGAUCUUGGACUCACCAAUCAAAUAGACUUCUUUCUCUCCUCUUCACACCUUUUCCCUUCCAUCCCUCCUUCAUGAGAUUGUUUCCGGUGUACAUAAGAGACUGCUAAAUGUUUACUGGAGCCUGAUCUAUUUUGUAUCGUCCUUUUUGCUUUUGGGAAAGUGCCAAUAUCGUGUUGUGUGAUAUGUGAUAUUGUAACGUGACAUUAAAAUCUCUCUGAUGAAUGCCUGUGGCCACUUGUAAUCAGUAUCUCGCCUUCUGGAGAUGGUGUACAUGAGUGAGUAUAUAGGCUACAUAUCAUAAGAAAGUAAUGUCAGUCACUUUAAGCAGCCAGCUGAAGGUUGGCCAAGAAUUGAUGCCAUUUAUUUGGCUGCAGACGACUGGCGAAGGAGAGGCACAGGAUCUGGGACGCAAGAGAGAGGAGUGGUGGAAGAUAAAUGGGAGCGUAGGGGAAAGAUGAUUGGAUUGGCACACAGAUAAGAGGCAGGAGAGGAAGAAGAGCGAUGGCAGAUGACGACAAAGAUGAAAGAGAAGGAAGCCAGGACGGAAAGCGAGGCUGACGUUUGGUGAUUAUUUUGUUUCAUCUGACCAGCUGGCUGAUGAAAACACUUAUAUGUGUCGGGAACAGUCAUUAUGUCUAAUAACUACCUGUCAGACACAUAAUCACCUACACUCUUCUUUUCUGGACCCCUCAUCCUUUUUUUUCUCAUCAUGAGCCCUCACUUUGCCUUUUUCCUCUGUCUCUUUUUGUCAAUUUAAAAAAAAGUGUCAUAAAACAUAAAAAGCUUCCAUUCAUUAAAAUGUACGAACACACUGAACAGAUGGAGACUUUCUAUUAAAACAGGUGCGCUCUCAUUGAGCAGA